UUGCUAGUGAAAACAUAUUAUUCUUAAUUUAGUAUACUUUAACGUUAAGGAUGAAAAUUUUAACAAAAAAUCCAAUUGUAUUUUUUGACAUUGCUAUUGCAAAUGAAAAAGUGGGACGAGUUGUAAUUGAACUUUUUAAGGAUAAAGUACCAAGAACAGCUGAAAAUUUUCGAGCUCUCUGUACAGGAGAAAAAGGAAAUGGUAUAAAUGGCAAACCUCUACAUUAUAAAGGAUCCUUUUUUCAUAGGAUUGUUUCACAAUUAAUGGUACAAGGAGGUGAUAUAAUUAAUUUUGACGGGUCUAGUGGUGAAAGUAUAUAUGGAUUGACCUUCGAAGAUGAAAAUUUAUCAAUACGUCAUAAUGCGAAAGGUCUUCUUAGCAUGGUAAACGAAGGGAAGCCUAAUAGUAAUAGUUCACAGUUUGUAAUAACAAUAGCCUCUUGUCCACAAUUAAACAAUACGAACGUUGUUUUUGGUAAAGUUAUAAAAGGUAUUGGUAUAAUUAACGAUCUGAACGAGGUUCCAACUAAUAAUGACGAACCUAUAGAGAAAAUUUGUAUUAUUAAUUGUGGAGAAUUAACUGGGUGCAAUAAUUGGGGAUUAGAAGAUAAUGACGGUGAAGAUGUUUAUACACCAUAUCCGGAAGAUUGGAAUUACUCAUCCAAAGCCAAUGAUCUUACUUAUGAAAAUAUUAUGGAUAUUAUUAAAAAGAUAAAAAAUGUUGGGAAUGCUUGCUUUUUGAAAAAGAAAUAUAGCACAGCAGAAAAAAAGUAUAAGAAGGCUUUGAGAUAUUAUAAUUGGAUGAUAAAAAUAAAAAGUAAUCUAAAACAUAAUAGUGAUAUUGAAGAAUUAAAAGUAGUUGUGCUGUUGAAUUUGGCAGCGGUAAAACUUAAACAAUCUAAACAUCGAGAUACAUUAAAUUUAUGUAAUCAGGUCUUAAAUAUUGACAAAAAAAAUAGUAAAGCACUGUUUCGAAGAGGUCAGGCACAUAUGAGGCUAAAUGAUUAUAAAUUAGGACUUGCAGAUCUUAAAAGUGCUAACGAAGAAAAUCCUAACAACAAGGAUAUUUUAAAAGAAAUUGAAAAGGUUAAAAAAAUUAUGAAGUCGUAUUUAAUUUUCGAGAAGGCCGUCUGUAAAAGAAUGUUUAAAACUAAUUGAACAAUAUAAAUAG